UUCUUCUUCUUCUUCAUCUUCCUCCUCUCUUAUCUCUUGUUUUUGGAUAAUCUCUCUCACCAUAUUCGAAAGACGACGAAAUUAUCCAUAUGAAUAAUCUCUGUGAAUCUUGACCUAAUCGCAUCAAUGUAUGAUGAGGUAUUUAACGGACCUGGGGAAUUUCCUUUGACUGGGAAAUUCAAAAUCAUCAUAGACUUUGUUCUCGUUUUUGUCACAGUCGAAGAAAUCUCGAACCAUGAUGCGAUUCAUUGAACAAAACUUCAAAUCUCAGUGUGAUUGGUACUCGGAAUCUGCUCAUUAGAGGAGGAGGUAGAAAGAGAAGAAAAUGGCUCAUUCAUGGGAUCAAUUAGGGGAAAUUGCUUCGGUGGCGCAGCUUACAGGCGUAGACGCCGUGAGACUAAUCGGAAUGAUAGUGACCGCCGCGAACACAGCUCGGAUGCACAAGAAAAACUGUCGCCAAUUCGCUCAGCAUCUCAAGCUAAUUGGGAAUCUGCUCGAGCAGCUUAAAGUCUCUGAGAUGAAGAUGUGUCCUGGGAUUCAAGAGCCGCUCGAAGGGCUCGAGGAUGCUCUUAGAAGAUCAUACAUUCUCGUCAAUAGUUGCCAAGACCGGAGCUAUCUCUACUUGUUAGCCAUGGGCUGGAACAUUGUUUACCAGUUUCGGAAAGCUCAGGACGAGAUCGAUCGUUAUCUCAAGAUCAUUCCUCUCAUCACUUUGGUAGACAACGUUCGGAUUCGAGAGAGGCUUGAAGUUAUUGACCAUGAUCAGCGUGAGUACACACUUGAUGAAGAGGAUAGGAAGGUGCAAGAUGUUAUCUUGAAACAAGAAUCAACUAGAGAAGCUGCUGCGUCGAUCUUGAAGAAGACGCUCUCUCGUUCCUACCCGGAAAUGGGUUUCUGCGAAGCGCUCAAAACAGAGAAUGGGAAACUGCAGGUCGAGCUGCAACGUUCGCGUGCGCGUUAUGAUACGGAUCAAUGCGAAGUCAUACAGCGUUUGAUUGGUGUUACAGAAACUGCUGCUGAUGUUGAUCCUGAAUCUGUGGAAGAGUUGUGCAAGAAGAAUUCUAAGAAAGAUGAUUCGUCCCGACAUGAUAUAGUUUCUGGAAGAUCAUCACAACACCAUGAAGAAUGGCACACUGACUUGUUGGAUUGUUGCUCAGAACCUUCUCUAUGCUUGAAGACAGUUAUUUUCCCGUGUGGUACAUUGUCAAAGAUCUCCACUGUCGCAAAGAACAGGCACAUUUCUUCAACUGAAGCUUGUAAUGAGCUAAUGGUGUAUUCUUUGAUACUCUCAUGCUGCUGCUACACUUGCUGCAUAAGGCAGAAGCUUCGCAAAACAUUGAACAUAAAGGGAGGAUCCAUUGACGACUUUUUGUCACAUCUAAUGUGUUGUUGUUGUGCCCUUGUCCAAGAAGUGAGAGAAGUCGAGAUUCGUGGAGCUUCCUACGCAGAUACAGAGCAGCAGCAGAAGAAGAAGAAGAAGAAGAAGAAGAAGAAAAAUAUGAGUCCACCAUCAACUCAGUUCAUGGAAGAAUGAAGCUUUUCUAACACGGAACAGAAAACAUUUAUCUUGGAUACUUUAAGUUGACGUCGAGAUUUAAUGUAAAUUAUGUAGAGAUGACAAAACAUUGUAAACAAUGUACAUUUGAUGGGAAAGACAAUGAUGGGUCAAUAAUCUGUAAUGUAAUUUAUGUUGUUGUGAUUAGUAGUAUUUUGAAAAAGAGUAUAUUAAACUCUAUUU